AUGUGGACUGACAGAAUGCGUUGUGGCAAUCAGACAAAAUUUCUCCGUGUUACGAAUCUGAGCUCGAAGACAACUGACGAGAGUUUGAAGGAGCAUUUGAGUCAGGUGGUGAAGCAGGGAAAGAUUCAGAGUGUCAAGAUAAUGAAGCAUUAUAAGUUUGGGGAGGUGCUUUCAAAGGGUUAUGGAUUUGUAGAAUUCGACUCUGUAGAGACCGCGACCAGCGCCUUCAGAGAUGUAAAGGGAAUUGUUCUUGAUGGGUAUGGUUUGGGCUUGAGCUUGUGUGAUGCCAAGUCGGUUUCAAAGAUGGACUACAAACCUUGUACUACAUUAAAGGUGAGAAAUCUACCCUCAAAGGGGAUAGAUCUGAAAGAUUUAAUACAGCUUUUCAGUCCAUUUGGCCAGAUCAAAAGUGUUAGGCUUCCAUAUGCACGUUUUGGUGUUGUCGAAUUCGUGACAAAGCAAGAAGCCUCAAACGCCAUAAGAGCAUUGACAUUGUCACGCGCCCGUUUGUACGGACGCCGUUUGAUGUUGGACUGGGUUGUCGAUGACGAAAGGCUCCUGGAGGAUCGUUCUGGUGCUAAGAAUAUGGACCAAGAAAAGGUGUUGGUCAAGUUUGAGAAUUUAGCUAUAUAG